AUGUACAAAGGGAAGGGCGCGAUGAAGACGGGCGUUCACACAAAGCACGGCGGCUUUCAAGUGAUGGCCUCCAUGCUGCCGCACUACCUGGUGCCGGACCUGGAGGGCUUUGACCUGAAGCCCUACGUCGCAAACUACUCUGAGCAGAGGCACCGCGGCCGCAGCCAAGGGGACGCGGCAGCGCAGCAGCAGGCAGAGGGGCAGAAGCAGCGCGACGGCGGCAGUAUUGCGCCCUAG